AUGGGACUCCCGCUCGACAACACCCCGGCCAGAGACACUGAGUCAGGCACCACUGGUAACGGGCACGGAGCCACGACAACCGAAUGGCACACAACUCCCAUCGCUUCAGGAGCUGGAGUGAACACAGGCGCAGGAACGGCGCGUCCCAAGACGGACGCCGAAAAAGAGGCUGACCGACUUUAUGAGGAGGCCAUGGAAGAAGAGUACGCCAAGCGCGAUGGCGGCGCCUAG